AGUGACGAACAUCAUGGAUCAGGCCCAUGUACCCGAAGCUCGGGUUUUGGUCAUCAUGACCGGCGGAACAAUAUGUAUGCAGAAGUCUCCAGACGGUCUGAUCCCAGCACGAAACUUCCUGGAACGAUGCAUGGCACCACGGCCAGAAUUCAAUGACGGGGACGUCCAUGAACCCAUCGAGGUUGCGUUUCACGACGGGUCCGAUGGUGUACAAUUAUCGCAGAGUCUGCGAACGCCAACGAGCGUCUACGGAAAACGUGUCAGGUAUGCGGUGUUGGAGUUCGCAGAACUCCUUGAUUCUUCUUCUAUCGACAGCAGAGGUUGGUCUCAAAUCGCGCAAACCAUCUAUCGCAAUUAUAAGCUGUUCGACGGGUUUGUUGUCCUCCACGGAACGGACAGCUUAGCGUAUACUUGCUCGGCUCUUAGCUUCAUGUUGCAGCAUUUGGGCAAGCCUGUGAUACUCACUGGAUCCCAGGUUCCCUUUGUGGAACGUAAGAACGACGCCUUGGACAAUUUACUCGAUGCGCUGGAUGUUGCAGCUCAUUUCAUGAUUCCAGAAGUGUGCUUAUGCUUCAACUCUACCUUAUUUCGCGGCAAUCGUACGACAAAGAUAUCGGCAAGCGCAUUUGACGCUUUUGCCUCACCAAAUCUCCCCCCAUUGGCCAGGAUCACAGCUGUCGAUACCAGUGUGGCGUGGAACAUGGUGACGAGACCGACCUCACUCCAAGCAUUCAGCAUCCAGACUGACCUUGAAAUUCAUCACGUCGCCUGCUUGCGCAUAUUCCCAGGGAUCACAGCCAAAAUGGUAGACGCAGUCCUGCGGACAGAAAAUCUCCGUGGCCUCGUCCUCGAGACUUUCGGCGCUGGCAACGCUCCUAGUGGACACGAUAACAAGCUCUUCAAGGUCAUUGCGGAAGCUGUUCAGAGGGGCGUUGUCAUUGUGAACAUCACUCAGUGCCUAACUGGCAGUGUGAAUCCCUUAUAUGCACCUGGCAUGGUGCUGGGACGAGCGGGGGUGGUGGCAGGAGGGGACAUGACCAGUGAAGCUGCGUUGACGAAAUUGUCAUACCUGCUGGCAUUACCAGGCGCAACACCCGAAUCAGUCGCCAAAGACAUGGCCGUCUCGAUUCGCGGUGAGCUGACCGAGAAUUCUCGCACCAUCUUCAGCCAUCCAACAGGCGAGUUGUCCUCUCCAGUAACUCAGCUUACAGCCAUCGCCUAUGCCAUCGCCAGUGGAGACAUCGACAAGGUAAAGGAUGUGCUUCGGAAUGAUGGGCAACUUAUGAAUCGUGCAGAUUAUUCUGGAAAUACGCCUCUUCACCUGGCUGCUACCGGACCUAGCCUGGCAAUCUUGCGAUAUUUGCUGGGACUAGGUGCAUCUGUGCAUAUUCGAAACAACACAAGCCGCACACCAUUAUUCCUGGCAGCCAAUGCCGGAUUGGUGCCUCAUGUGAUGUUGCUGCGUCAAGCAGGCGGACAUCUCCAUCACGAAGAACUCCCUACGGCGAGACUACAUGCAGGUCAGCGGCCAGAUGUGUGGAAGGCUGCUGGAGUAGAAGUUACUUAGUAUUCGGAUGGCCCGGUGAUGACAUGGAGCUUGCCAACCUCCAACAAUGGUUCACACUGAAACAGAAGACCAAACAUUUAAGCACAUGGUUACACGACUUCAGCAUACUAGAUACGUGUUCACAUUCACUCGGUCUGAUGCGCCCAUCGGAGGGCUUGUCACGCCAAGGUCCGUCUAAGCGAUCCUGUACUGUUCCAAACAACAAGUGAUGGGUGCCUCGUGGUGUCGAUACGAGUAGUCGAAGAGAGGUGGGUGGAGCAGGGGCGAUCGACUCCCCGGGCCGCCUACUGUUACGGGUAUGUACCAGUACUGUACGAGUAUCAGUACCUUACCUAUCUAGCAGG